GGGAAUCAGGAAAAUCUACUAUUGUCAAGCAGAUGAAGAUCAUACACCAGAAUGGCUACACCCAGAGCGAGCUGAUGUCGUUCAGACCAACUAUCUUCAGGAACCUGGUAGAUUCCGCUCAGGACAUCGUCCUUGCCAUGAGAAAAUUAGGGGUAGACCCAGUGCUACCGGAGAAUCGACAAAAUGCCGAGAAAAUAAUGGAUUACCGGGUCGAGACGCUCUUGGGGGUUGCUCAGAAUGCAAUAGGGGCACUAUUGGGACACAACUCAACCUCAAGCAGGGACAAGUUUGACCGAGGCGAGCGCAGCGACAGAUACGACCGCGACUUCAUCGUCUUCCCUCCCCGAGACAUCAACGGCAACCCCACCUCCACAUCCAAGAUAAAGUUGGACACGGAGAUUGCACAAGCUAUCCAUGCGCUUUGGGCCGAUCCUAUCAUCUCUGAGUUGAUGGACCACUCGAGCGACUUUUACCUCAUGGAUUCGGCGCCAUAUGAAGUUCUGCGGAUUGGCGCUCCUGACUAUGUGCCGAACGAAGCGGACGUCCUUCGCGCGCGUGCGAAGAGCUCAGGAAUCGCCGAGACAAGGUACGAGUCUUACACUCAUUCCAGCCUUCAACUACAAAUGCUGAUGCCUGGCAAGGUCAACGCUCGGAACGCAAGAAAUGGAUUCAUUGUUUCGAAGCUGUCACGUCUAUCAUAUUUUGUGUUGCUCUCAGCGAGUAUGAUCAAGUCUUACUCGAGGCAGCAGGCCAA